CCUCCUCCUGAUUGCAAUGGGGAGAGACCUCCCCGCGAGUGCCAGGCAAUGCACAGCGAUGAAGCGCCCGGCUGGCUCUUCUACCGCCCCUCAGCAGCUGUCAAGGCGCUUUUCCUUGUGAGGAGCAAACCAAAGGGGAUGGGUCCCUGCUAGUGGGGAUGGAUCGAGCCCAGGCAGAGCAGCUCCCUAGGAGAAAUUGCCCCUGACGCCUGUCCUCUAAUUGCACCGGGGAUUCUCCUCCUCCCCCCUUCUCCUUGUGUGCAUUGUUACGGAAGGGGGUGGGGGAAGGCUGCUCGGACACCUGCUCCUGUUGGACCACCCGGGUACCUGUUGGUCAGUGAUAGGAGGCAGGGUGCCGCUCCACGUCCAUCUCUCCUCUCCGCCCGGGCUCUCGCGCCGCGCUGCAGUGCCGGGGCCGGGGUAGGUGAUCCGCUGGGGGGAUUGGUGCUCCACUUUUUCCGCCUGUUGUUCUGGCGGGGCUCUGGCCGUACGCAACCUAAGGUGCCUGGCUAAUGCCAUUCUGGGAAGCAGGAGGGGCCGCGUCCUUCCUCCAGACAAUUCAUUGCCGGCGGGGGGGAGAAAGGGCUGGAGCGCCGGAGCUGCUGAACACCUGUCACACCGUGGAGCCUGAUUUAUACCUGGAGCUGGACGGACCUCCUUGGGGCUUUUCUGGAGCACUUUAAAGGGGGAUAUCCUCUUCGAGAGCCCAGGAGAAGAGGACAAGAGCUUCAUGCUAUUCCCCUCCUCUCCCCCGGGUGAAUAUUCCUGCAACGUAUAUAUCGCGUUUAUCCUUCUCCAGUCAACUGCACCUUUUACCUGGCCGGAGCGGCUCAGAUCAUGUCAGCUAAGCUUCUAGUGGCUUUCUUCCUCCUCUCUGUAUUCCAAGCCUGUUCUAGGAAAGUUGAAGAGGAUGAAUAUGAAGAUGUAACAGCUAACCAGAAAUGGGUAUUAGCUCCCAAAACACAAGACACAGAUGUGACUCUCAUACUAAACAAGUUGCUGAGAGAAUAUGACAAAAAACUACGGCCAGAUAUUGGAAUAAAGCCAACUGUUAUUGAUGUUGACAUUUAUGUUAACAGCAUUGGCCCAGUAUCAUCAAUAAAUAUGUGUGAAGAAAGGACUCGUACAGAGAAACUACUGAUUUGCAGGUGGAUUUGGGAUGAAGAAUAUCACUGGAGGUCACCUCCUUUCUGCACUUGAAACCCACAAAUGUUUAAAAUGCUUUUGGCUGAUGAAGGUCUAUGCCAAUUGCAGUGAUUAUGAAGGAAACAUCCAGGUCACAUUUCUAUGAAGGAAGUUGCCUACCACCUUAGCAUUUUGAGCUGUAUUCUGAUACUGCUGACUGGCACAAAGGAAGUUAAUAAAGAUAGCUAAAGGCUUGUACAAUUUUAAUACCUUAACAUUUCACUGUCUUCAGAUUUGCAGUACAAUUCUAACAGUAAACAGUAAUUUCAUGCCAUUCAUGUUCAUAGUCAUGGAGAUUUGAAAUAAAAACAUAAACAGUACAAGGCAGGCUGGCUAGUUUAUCCAAACUUUGAGAUGCAGGGA